AUGCAAGGCUCUUUUUAAGUGUAGGAAGCUCUAGCUGACAUCUUUGAUUAAGUUAAAGAUGUGGAUGAAUAAAUAUUUAAUGCUAUAUUAGUAAUAUUAAGAAAGGAAAAAGUUUAAGAUUGUAUUGGAUAUCUUUCUGGUAAUAUAAUUCAAAUAUUUUUAGAAUCUUAAAUUUUAAAACAAGUAGAGAAUAUCACACAAACUGAUAUUGAAUAAAUAUUACAAAUGACAUGUAACAAAUAAAGAUGUAUUAAGAAAUUUAAAAGAUCAUGACUUCAAUUACAAAGACUUUUCCUCUGGAGAAAAUAAAGAAUCUAAACUAAAUUUAAUUUAAAGCAUCAAGGAUACUAUAUAAUUUCUGGAAUUUUUAGUUCACCUCACAUCUAUAGAUAACACUUUAAUAUAAUGUGGGUCAAAUUAAUUACAUAUAUUGGUUUAGAUGAAAGCUGACCUUAAAAACAAAAAUUUUGAAAACAUUAAGAUUUAAAAUACUUCUUUGAUGGGAAGUAAUUUUGUUAGAUGCGCAAUAAGUGCAUUAAUUUGUGGAGCUGCGUUACCUAUAGGAAAAACUUUUAUAACUAGAGGAAUUUCAGAUAUGGUCUAUUCUGUCAAAGCAGCUUGGAAAGGAUUAGAAAUUAAUUGGGGAGCUUGGGGAAAAACAAAAUGA